AUGGCAGAGCUUCUUGGAAUUGUCGCCGGUGGCGCGGGACUUGUAUCUCUGGCACUUCAGUUAGUUGAUGGCGGCCAGAAACUGCGAGAUCGCUACAAGAAUGCAAAGGGUCUCGAGGGUAAUAUAUUAUGGCUGGGUCAGGAUCUUGAACUAAUAGGGCAGCAACUUAUCCAGCUUGAAUCAAGUGCGUAUAUUAUUCUUCAAGAGCAGCUGGGCCCAAUCAUGCUUGAAAGGUGUCGAAGCCGAUCAGCCUGCGUGGCAGCCCGCCUUGACAGCUUGACGCAAGCAAUGCCAGUGACUAUAUCAAAACGAGAAUUGAUACAAGCAACUCUCCGUUCCGGACAAUGGAAGAGCGAGCUGGAGGAGCUCCAGUGUCUCGUCACGGGGCUAAAGCAGGAUAUAUCACAGCUGUAUAUCAUUGAGCAUCAUACACUCAUGCAACAGACACGCAAGGAAGUAAUUAUUAAAGAUAACGAAUGUGCACCAUCUGCGGCCGUCUCAUCGACCCAGGUUGCUGCAUGUACCGGAUAUUCCAACAUGGACCAACAAGGGAUCACACAGCGUUCAGCCCGCAAAUGCAGUUGCUCAUGUCACAAGAAUUGCACCAUCAGUGGUGUGUUUUGGCGCCUUCAAUACUCCCCUCUGCUUGGGAUGUUUCGGUCAUGCAGCAACACUUCGUGUACCGCCCGACGUUACCGCAUUGACAUUCACCUAGCUCUAUACCGCUACGGUAUCCCAUUUCAAGUCACUGCCCUAUUGGAUUUGAUCGUGGAACCGGGAAGAUAUUCUCUCCAGCCGAGUCUCGAGAUAGAAACCACCGUCGAUUUUACUGCGCCCCAAUUUGAAAUUUUACGAAAGCUCAACACCAAAGAGAUGGAGUGGGUAACGGCAGAGAAGGAAUUACGAUCAAUUUACAGAUCCAACCCUCGAUUUGUUAACCAAGUGAAUCCGAGUGGACAAGGCUUCCUGGAGUACGCUCAUGGCAUAAUUGCUACACCUGGCAUCAUGUUUAACCUCAGUUUCGAGAUACUGCGAAGUCUAUACGGACUCUUCAUGAAUGAGUUUCAUACAAACGAGUCAUGCCAUAGUGUAGGCCUGAUGAAGACACUCGGACGCCUAGCGACGGCAAACAGUGACAGUAGGGAUUUAGUUGUGAGCCUUGUUUCCAUGGGUUGUGACUUUAGAGAUACCGCCCCAACAGCUGAAACAUGGGAUCUCGCUCCGGUAGCUUUUAUCCAUUCCGAUUACGAUGCAUUUCUUCAGGCACUUCUCAAACGCAAUCCAGAUUUCGCAGACAGUCCUCCACUUCAUUACUCGGUGCUACAUGACUCAGACAAGGCCUUCGAGAUCCUCGUUAAGCAGAUCUCGCAGCCUUUGGAGCAUCACGUAAACUUUUUGGGUCAAACGCCCCUCCAUUUAGCGGUGCGACAGCCGUUGCGCGUUCUGAGUCUUCUGAAUGCUGGUCACGAAAUUGACCCCCGGGACAAAGGUGGCAUCACUCCUCUUGUAUAUGCUGCAGCCGAGGAUGUACAUGAUUCGAUACUUAUACUUGUGGGACGUGGCGCGAGCCUUGUUACAGGUAAUUUGGGCUUGACCGCUGCCCAUUACCUGGGCGGACGGAGCGACUGGGAUUUGUUAUGGAAGAUCUUGGACCUCGCACCGACAACAGAACUCGACGUCAUAUGCCAGGUACUCCACGAGGCACUUCGUAUGUUCAGGAAAUAUGAAUGGUACUCUACAUAUGAAUCCGAUGGGAUGCAGGAUGGCUGUCUCAACUUUUGGACCAAAGUGGUCACCAAACUCGGUAGCCCAAACACUAUCUUUGACGAUGGAGAGACACUGAUGAGUCAUGCGAGGUGUCCCAAAGAUGUGAAUGCCCUCAUUGAACUUGGGUUUGGCCAAUUCAAUUAUAGGGACAAUUAUGGCAUGAAUUGCUUGUUUUCCAUGGCCUAUUUGACUAGUCCCUCCCUUUUCCGUCUUGACGUUUUAAACGGUGCCGAUAUCGAAACGCAAGACAAUCGCGGCUACUCAGUCCUUCCUGCUCCUGCCCGUGUUCAGCUGAUGGUUGUCUACCAGGCUCUAAUUUGGGAACCGAUUCCGGACUCGGGUGGCUCAUCCUUUUUGAAUGGGUUGAGAUUUUGGAAGAGCGAGGUUUGGUGUCAGAAGCCAAAUCUGUUUGCCUGGCUUAUGUUCGUAAAACAUAUUUCGACGAGCUUGGCCUUCGUCACACCAGUAGCUGCUGCAAGAGUUAUGGACGUGUUUGCGAGAUAG